AUGAGCACGUCCGUGAUGAACAGGUUGCGGGACCUGGAGCGCGAGCUGGCCCUCCGGACGUCCGAGUCGAGGAAGAAAGACGACUACAUCGCCCGGCUGGAGCACCGGCUCGACGAGCGUGACGCUAGCGUCCGUCACCUGCGCAACGAGAUCGACAAAUUCCGACAGGUGGUUCGGCCGCUCACCCAUCACAUUAUGGCCAUUCAGAUGUCGGCCGACGAUCUGGCCGGCGGUGGCGGUAGUGGUUGCUGUAACGGCGGCGGUCAUCACGGCCACGCCGCGGGCUCCUUGUUCAAGGGCCGGCCCACUCGACAGGCCAUUUCGGCCGAACCACUCAGGACCACCGACCCGCUGCCUAUCGUCAAGGUUCCAAAGUCUUCAAAGUGA